AUCACCAUGUAAGGAACCGUUCUGAAGACUGAGACAAAGCUUUACUCGGUUAGCGUAGUAGCAAUGGAAAACAACGGAAUCCUGCGUCGCUGCCCUACGACAAUAGAUUGGGAGAAGAUCGAAAGAAGUUCACCCGAAGAGCAGAUAGAAUUCUUCUCCGAAUGGAAGGACAAGUUUGAAGUUGAACUGGUUUCCUCUGGUGGUAAAAAUGUGAAAAAAGGUGACCACCUCGCGAUUGAAAGAUACAAAAUUCUCCCGAAUGGCAGUCCACUAUAUACCCAUCAUGCGAUUUGUACUAGUAUUCACCGAGAUACCAAAAUGAUUACUCUAUCCGAGUAUGCCGGGAAUAUCUCAGGUAUACUAGAUGUACAUCAAUCCGGCUUGAAAAGUCUUGCAAAGAUAAAGAAUAAUGAGUACAAUGCUGCUGAUUUAGAAGAGAAAAUGGCUUACAAAGUCAUUUGGCCGAAAGAGUUGAGAAGAUAUGGAGUCAAAAAGGUAACCAAACGAGCCAAGAAGCGAAAAGAUGAACAAACCUACGACCCUUUGAAAAACAACUGCGAACACUUCGCAACCUGGUGCAAAUGUGGCCUGAACAUCAGCCUUCAAGCCCGACUGUGGUGUCUCUGGGCAAGAAAAAUUGUCGACAAAAUACUUGCUGGUGGAAAUGCCAUCAUAGAAAGCAUUGUGCCUGUAUUGCUUAGGGUUUUAGCUACUGUUCCUAACAAAAGCGUGGCAGCAUUUGCAAGCAAAUCGUUUGCUGAAUCACUAAUGAGCAAUCUGGUCGAGAAAGGCUUUAUCAACGAUACUGUUAUCAGUAACAUCAAGGAAAUCUUUGACGAGUGGAUGAUGAAAAAUGCUGACGAGCUACUUUAUGAGAGGCUUGUGCGGAUGAUAAAGAAGACAGUUUCUAAGUUUGUGGAGGAGAGCUGCCGUACCGUAGGUUCGAUGGCAGAUUCAGUUUAUCAGUCUGUUAAGAAAGGCUUUGGGUAUGAUAGUGUCGAUGGUGUUGACUGCGUUGAUGGUGAUGAUGGUGAUGAUGGAUGUACUGAAGAGCUUUUUAAUGAAUUUAUCGAAUGGUGCAAUGAUGAAUGAAAUGAAGCAAGCCAUGCAACUAAUGAUAUCGUAGGGGUCAGACAAGGGGUAAAAUUACAAUAUAGAGAAUGAAUGAGUGAAUAAAUAAAUCAGUGAACGUGAAUGUGUAGACACCACUCCACAAAGAUGAAUACAAAUCGUUGUUCAAACGUAGAUAUAGUUUUAUAUAUAAUGCACAAGAUGCACUAUUAUUUUGGAGAACCAGUAAUGGAGUAAUUCAUUCGGAAUAGUAGACUAGUUUCUAUUCUAUAUUUGCAUGCAGCUCAGUAUAAUUCUUUGAAAUUAAAAGUAGAAAGAUAUAUAGCUUACUUUGUCGUCUUUAUCACCUUCAGUGAGACCCAGAAAACUCCAGAUACGCAACAUUUCUGGCAUUCCAGCUUCUGUUGUCAAGAGCUUGUUACAAAAGUUUGAGUUUUAAUAUUAGUGACUUUGGCGAGUUUGUUUGACGGUCAAAGGGGGCCAGCGCGCACGAGGCCACAGAAAUAAUCUAAUCUUUACAUAGAUAGGUAGCUUAACAUCUUGUAAUGAAGUUAUAACUGAGAACAAAUACAAAUGCAUCAGUAAGCAUACCUUGAA